GUAAAAGAACAUAAUUAAGAAAAACAAUAUUGUUUUAUAUACCCAAGAGCCAAGAGUCACUUAUUAUCUCCUCACUCACACAAAAUUUCUCUAAUGGCUACAACAACAUCAUGGGAAGAGCUCUUAGGUUCAAAGAAUUGGGACACUCUCUUAGACCCAUUAGACCAAUCACUUCGUGAACUCAUCUUACGUUGCGGAGACUUUUGUCAAGCCACCUACGAUGCCUUCGUCAACGACCAAAACUCCAAGUACUGUGGAGCCAGCCGCUACGGCAAAUCUUCUUUCUUCGAAAAGGUCAUGCUCGAAUCCGCUUCUGACUAUGAGGUUGUAAGCUUCCUCUACGCCACAGCUCGCGUUGCUCUCCCCCAAGGUUUGCUUCUCGGCUCGCAAUCACGAGAUGCUUGGGACCGUGAGUCUAACUGGUUUGGCUACAUUGCUGUCACAUCUGAUGAACGGACUAAGGCUUUAGGACGCCGUGAGAUCUAUGUAGCUUUGAGGGGAACGAGUAGGAACUACGAGUGGGUUAAUGUUUUGGGGGCUAGGUCCACUUCAGCUGACCCAUUGCUGCGUGGACCGGAGAAGGAUGACUCUGGUGUAGUCGAAGGUACGACUUUUGAUAGUGACAGUGAAGACGAAGAAGGGUGCAAGGUGAUGCUCGGGUGGCUCACAAUCUAUACUUCUAAUCAACCCGAAUCGAAAUUCACCAAGUUGAGUCUACGGUCACAGUUGCUAGCUAGCAUCAAAGGGCUCUUACUGAAGUAUAAGGACGAGAAACCGAGCAUUGUGUUGACUGGACAUAGCUUGGGAGCUACAGAGGCUGUUCUAGCCGCCUAUGAUAUAGCCGAGAACGCUUCCAAUGAUGAUGUUCCGGUCACUGCUAUUGUAUUUGGUUGUCCACAGGUUGGAAACAAGGAAUUCAGAGACGAAGCAAUGCGUCACAAAAACUUGAAAAUCCUCCAUGUAAGGAACACGAUUGAUCUCUUAACUAGAUAUCCAGGGGGACUUUUAGGGUAUGUGGACAUGGGAAUCAACUUUGUGAUCGAUACAAAGAAGUCACCGUUCCUAAAAGAUUCAAGGAAUCCGGGGGAUUGGCAUAAUCUUCAGGCGAUGCUACAUAUUGUAGCUGGAUGGAAUGGGAAGAAAGGAGAGUUUAAACUGAUGGUGAAGAGAAGUAUUGCUUUAGUAAACAAGUCAUGCGAGUUCUUGAAAGAUGAGUGUUUAGUGCCAGGAUCUUGGUGGGUGGAGAAGAACAAAGGACUGAUCAGAAACGAAGAUGGUGAAUGGGUUAUUGCUCCAGUUGAAGAAGAACCUGUACCUGAAUUCUAAUAUUGUAUUCUGUACUUUAUUCAUGUUAAAUCAACAAUAAGCAGUUCAAUUGUGUGAUGAAAAGACCUUCAAGUUAUUUAUAUUGAUAUGAGUUUACGA